GCGGUGGGGGGAGUUGUGGGAGAUUCCCUCACCCUCGGGCUGGAUGAUAGGAUGCUUAUAAUCCGCAUGGGACCAAGUCUGCAGGUGAGAGAGGUGGAAUCUGGCCAAGUUGUGUAUUCAGAGAGUGACUCAGUUGACGUUCCCAUUUUUACGACAACUUGUGAAGGACAGCUGUUGGUGGUGUUCUACGAUGGAGUUCAUCUUGUCAAGGUUUUUGACCUGACCACUUCCUGCUCUCUGCUGCACUGUGUUAACAUUUCCUUGGAGCGUGAGGCGAUCCACAAAGACCGCUCCAUUCUCCUAUCCAACACCUCCAUCAAAGACUAUGUCCUCUUCGCCUACAGGUCUGGUGGUGAGGCGGCAGUAUUCAGUGCUAGAGAGGGCAUUGUGCUGUGUGUCCUGUCUGCUCAGCAUGGUGCUGCCUCUAUCCAAGCUGUGGAGAUGACUGAAGACUACCUGCUGCUUUUCUGCAGGUAUCCGUACAAGAGAGGCAGUGAAAUCAUCCACAUCGAGCUCUUCAGCACUGUCUCCUUCCAGUACCUGCGGUCUAUACUUGGCUGCACCCAAGACUGUAUUUCCCAGGUCACUGUCAACCGGGGGGGAACUCACAUCAUAGCCUUUUGUCCCUCCACUCACACCGGCAUCACUGAGUUGGUCACCUGGAACCUGGAGACAGAGGACCACAAACACAUCACACGCUUCCCCGCAGUGCUGACCAAAGGCCUGUGUUUUGACCUGCGCUUUUGCCUGGGGAUCUGCAGCGGAGAGAAAUACCUUCACCUGUGGGAUCUGACUUCCAGAAUCAAUGACCAGAGUCUUACCUAUAACAUCCACAAACCCAGGAGUGAUGGCACACAGGAGGUCAUCCCUAUGGGGAAAACCAUGCGGUAUGCUGUGUGCCGCUCCAUCAGAGCCGGGACUGUCUCUGUGUGGAACUUGGCCAGACGGCGUUUCAUCGGCCGACCGGUCCGAGUGGAGCACGGCCUCUACAGCAGCACUGAUGUGGUGCUAGCUCAUGACUUCAAACUGUACAUCUUUACAGACAGAAGCUCAGCCAGUUCCACUGACAACCCUUCAUGUCAAUUUCAGACUCUUCUGGUGUAUGAUUUGAUUAAGCGGAGCUACGUGAGAAGACAGACUGGGAUCACAGUCAUUUCCUGUCCUCAGCAUGAGUACCGUCUUCUGCAGGAUGGACGGACCCUACUGGGCCUGUCAGAGAGAAGAGAUCAUCUGAUUCUGUGGGAUUUGGAUUGUGGUUCCAUCAAACAUCAGAUCAAACUGUCCAGCAGAGAGUCACUCCUGUGCAGCAGCACUAUCCAACCCCAGCAGCCUCAUGUGACACCAAGCAGAGAGACAAGAUUGAUGCCGUGGGAUAUUCGAACAGAGAGCCAGUCUGCAAAGAAGAGGAGGCUGGAGAGAGAGGCACAGAAGGAGAAAGAGGAGAAGAUGAGGCUGGACAGAGAGAAAAACAACUCUAUAGACCAGUACCUCCUCAGUGAAGAUGAACAGGUGGUGGUGUGCUCCUAUUUUGCCCACCACCUCAAUGUGUUCAGCAUGGUGUCCCAGGAACAUCUUCACACUCUUGAGGAUAACAUGUCACUGCUGAGCCUCCACACUGCAGCUCUUACUCAUACCGGCAGUCACCUGGUACUGAAUAGCUACAACCAAGACCAGCACACCUCCUACAUCACUCUGUGGGACCUGCACAAAGGAACGGUGAAGAAGAGACUGAGGAAUGAGCCUGGUGUUUGCUGCGUAGCUAUCACAGACAACGCCAGCAGGGUUGUUUUUGGGGUCACAGGAAGCAACACCAUGAAAGUGUGGGACGCCUUCAAGAGAAACUAUAAGAGCAUCUGUGGCUAUGGGAACCUGACAAUAGACAUCUCCAGUAAGCUGUACAUGACAGAGGGAGGAACCAAAGCCAUUCUAUUGUCAGGACAGUUAAGCCUUUGGGACCUGGAGGCAUGCAGUGUCCUGUCUGUUCUUUCCCUGGAUGCACACGUCUGCUGCAUGAAGCUGCUUCGUGGGUGCAAGGUUUCCGUUCUGCUUGGCCUCAGCCACAGUCACGCCCUCGUCACCGUCAGGGCAACAUCCAAAACUGUCACCACAGCAACUCCAGUGUCCACAGAGGGAGACUUGUUUGGAGAGUCCAGCAGCAGCGAGGAAGAAGAGGAGGACUCAUAGGGCGCAUGCUGCACCUCCUGGUCAUAUUAUGAACAGACAUCAGAGAAUGUAGAGCAUGCUACAUGAUAGAACAUAAACUAAAACCUAAACAUC